CUGAUCGAGGGAUCAACUCCAUCGAGUAUUUUUUGAAUGUAUAACAAGGGGCAGCGAUCAUGGCGAAUUGCUGCACUAAAAACGAAAAAACGGAGCCCGUGGGUAUCAAACUCGAAGGGAAUAACAUUGAACAAAAUAUUGAAAGUUGGCUUGACGAUCAUCCCGAAUUCGUUCACUCUUAUUUUACGCGGAAAGCAAGCAGGACUUUGAUCGAUUCUUGGCUUCAGUCACGCUCGCUUCGAACACCUACCCCUAGCGGAACACCGCCUCCGUCGGGAUCUUCUACUCCUGUAAGGAAAAUCUCUGCCUCGGAAUUUGAAGGCCGAGGGAUCUUAAAACCCUUAGUGAAUGUUGUCGAUGGGCAAGCAACUUUUCUAUCACCGAGCGAGCCUUCGAGAGCGCGAUCGCCUCACCGCAAUCGCAAAUCGCGCGUCGAACUACUACAACUGGACGAGACAGAGCUCCUGAUGGAACUCGUCAAAGAUAUCGCCAGUGAUUUGGAUGUGAAAUGUCUUUGUCACAAAAUCCUACAAAAUGUUAGUAUUCUUGUCAAUGGAGAUCGUUGCUCGCUUUUUCUUCUUCAAGGCCCGAAAGAUGGGCCACGCUAUCUGGUCUCUAAAGUGUUUGAUGUGAAUGCGGAGUCUAAACUUGAGGACAUGCAAGGGUUGGAGGAAAUAAGGAUUCCCCUCGGCACAGGAAUCGUAGGAUAUACGGCAGAUACGGGAGAAGUAGUGAACAUUGCCAACGCAUAUGAGGAUUCAAGAUUUAACCAGGAAAUUGACAAAAAAACUGGUUACCACACCAGAAGUAUUCUUUGUAUGCCAAUCAGAGAUCACUACCAUGGAGAGAUUAUUGGCGUUGCUCAAGUUAUAAAUAAAAGAGGAUUUUUAGAUCACACUUUUACCAGAGAAGAUGAAAAGAUAUUUAGCAAAUACUUGGUCUUCUGUGGAAUUGGAAUUACAAAUGCAGAACUCUAUGAGAGAGCACAACUUGAAAUUAGAAGAAACCAGGUUUUACUGGAUUUAGCUAGAACAAUUUUUGAAGAACAGAGCACACUUCACAACAUUGUACAGAAAAUUAUGAUGAUCACACAAACUCUACUUCAAUGUGAAAGAUGUUCAGUUCUCUUAGUUGAUCCUUCUUCAAAGACACUUUUUUCUCAAGCUUUUGAUUUAGAGGCCCGGGACUAUUUAAAUGAAGAUGAUCAGACCGUGGUGAAACACAGAUCAUGUAGCAAGACAGAAGUCCGAUUUCCUAUCAAUAUAGGAAUUACAGGUCAUGUUGCAACAACUGGCGAGACAUUAAAUAUUCCCGAUGCGUAUCAAGAUGAGAGAUUUGAUCCAGCUGUUGACCAAGCUUCAGGAUUUGUCACCCAAACAAUUCUAUGUAUGCCUAUUAAGAACAGCAGUGAAGAAAUUAUAGGUGUUGUCCAACUCUUGAACAAACUUGAUGGCACGGCUUUCAACAAGAAUGAUGAAAAUCUCUUUGAGGCUUUUGCAAUCUUUUGUGGCAUGGCAAUCCAGAAUACUGUUAUGUAUGAAAAUGUCAACAAAGCUAUGGCAAAACAGAAAGUUGCACUGGAGGUUCUUUCUUACCAUGCCACUGCCCCUUUGGAGGAAGCUAACAAAUUAAAGUCUGUUCCUUUACCAUCAAUCAAAACCCUUAAUCUGUUGGAGUUCACUUUUGAUGAUGAGUUGGUCAGUGAUCAAGAUACUCUUCUAGGCACUCUUGCCAUGGUGAUGGACCUAAAGUUACAUGAGCAUUUUAAUGUGGAGUACCAGGUUCUCUGUCGCUGGAUCCUAACAGUGAAGAAAAACUACCGGCCUGUGAUGUACCACAAUUGGAGGCAUGCAUUUAAUGUAGCUCAGACAAUGUUCACCAUUCUCAAGGUGGAUGAAUUUGGGAAGUUGUUUACUCCAGAAGAGAAAUUUGCUCUUCUAGUUGCCUGUCUUUCACACGAUCUUGAUCACAGGGGAACCAACAAUUCAUUUCAAAUAAAGAGUGCCUCGGCAUUAGCGCAACUUUAUAGCACAUCAACUAUGGAGCAUCAUCACUUUGAUCAAUGCAUUAUGAUCAUCAACAGCCAGGGAAAUGAAAUUUUUGGAUCUCUCUCAGCUGAGGAUUAUAACAAAGUGAUCAAACUUGUAGAACAAGCAAUCAUUGCAACUGAUCUAGCCUUGUACUUCCAGAAACGGGCUGAAUUUUUCAAGAAAGCUGAAGCUGGACUUGAAGAUUGGUCAACUGAUGAAAACAGAGAACUUUUGAGAGCUAUGAUGAUGACAGCAUGUGAUCUUUCAGCCAUCACCAAACCUUGGCCUGUACAGAGAAGGACAGCACUACUUGUGGCUGAGGAAUUCUUUCAGCAAGGUGACCUUGAACAACAAGAGUUGAAAUCCACACCCAUGGCUAUGAUGGACAGGGCAAAGAAAGAUGAACUUCCACAAAUGCAAGUUGGUUUCAUAGAUUCUGUCUGUCUACCUCUGUAUAAGGCUUUUACACUAAUGAGUCCAAAGCUUGCUCCGCUUAAAGAGGGCUGUAGAGAAAACAAAUUACAAUGGCAGAAACUAGCUGAUGAUUACAAGGCACAGAUUGAGAACAAAGUGUGGAGAAAGAGAUGAGAUCUCAGAUGAUCCUCAAGAUGAGAGGAAAUCAAACAGAAAAGUAUGCCUGUCUCAUUGGAAGACAAAUAGUAUAUUAAAAGAGUUAAAGUAGCAAUCUUGUAAAUAGACAUCAUAUGAAUUUAAUUUUUCUAGCAAAUGAAUAGUAAGAUCAUUGCCAGUUGGUGUUUGUAUAAAUAUUAUUGUACAUGGUCAAGUAAAACUAUUAAUAGCAGUGUCUGUUAUAUUUUCUCUAUUCAUAAUAUCCAACAAAUGGGAUCAAAUUAAAGGCUUUACUGGUUGCUAACAACAAGCAUACAAGAGCAUUUACUAAAAGAAAAUAGGUUCAACUAUGGGGUUACAUUUGAUGGGGUGGUCUAAUUGUCUGUGUGAGAACAGUGGUGACAAGAACAGAUGUCCCUUACAGUGGGUGAUGUUUUCACAAUCUGAGAAGAAGUCACCUCAUGACUGUAAUGGCGACUUUUAGCUCAGGUUUUUUAAAAGUCUUUUCUUGUCACGAUAGAGACUUUGAAGCAAACCACAAUGGCAAUGGCAAUGGCAAUAAGGAUGUGGUAAAAAAACAAAGACUUAAUGCAUGGGCAGUACAAUAGCCUGGCACAUGUAUUUUAGACUUCAUGCACUUCUUAGCCAUCCCCUGCAAAGCAAAAAGGUGCAAUCGCCAAAAUUUGUGUGGUCUGAGAACAGAAACCCAGACACCAAAUCAUUUAAUAAGUUUUUAUUUGGAACUCAACAAUUUUCCUUUACAUUAUGCUGAAGUAGGGGAGUGGCAUCAUAAGAGGUGGUAAACACAUGCAGCUAUUUUCAAAAUUCUACAAAAAAUGAUUGAUGUCUUCUGAGGCAUUGCCAUACUGACUGCUUAAAAAACUUUUAACUACAAAGCCUUUCGUUGAGAUGAUAGACUAGUGCUCCUUUCACUCCACCAACACAUGUUUAGUUCAACCAGGUUUAACUUAAUAAAAACCAGUGAUAGAAAACUGAAAGACUAAAACUUACUAUUUGGGUUCAAGUAAGCAUGAACUUUUAUCUUCAUUGUGCUUAAUUUGAAGUCAGCAAACAUCAUUUUAAGCAACUUAAUGAAGAAAACAGUCUCUGUGUUUGACAAAACAGCUGUGAAACGUGAUGUAGCUUUGGAGUGAAUAGAGUAUAGGAUUUCACAUAAUUCUUUCACACUUGAGAUCCUAAAACUAUUUUUCUAACGAUAGUGAGUGCACAUCUCUGCUGGUUGGUUCUGAAAAGUUCUGUCAAUGCAAAAACCCUUAGUUUGUUCAUUGAUAACUCUCAUUACCUGCCUGCAUGAAAGUGUAUUAUAAUGCGAAUAGAACUCAUAUACUUGUCACUCUUGGAAGUCAAAGGUUUUGCGCAAGUGAAGUGUAACUGAUAUUAAUUGUGCCACAACCAUCAAUGGUGGCACUUAAAGCCUCUUGGCUGCUUCUUAUACCCUUCUGAAGGAACAAACUCAACUUUAAACAUUUCCUUACCAAAUCUCUUGUUUCUCUUUUGAACAAUGUACUUUACUAAAGUUGAAUGUCGUCCUAUCAUUGCAUAGUGAAAUAAGCCAUGAAAUUAUUAUGAAAUAGAAGUGUUAUUCAGGGAUUCCACUGACCAAUGACAGGAAUGAGAGUCCUUUCUUUGCCACAUUUAAGUCUUUUCCUCAUUCACCGUACUAUUGAUUCAUGACUCAUAAACUUACAUUGAAGAGUAAUAUAUGAACCUGUACAGAAAUAUAUUAUUUUAAUGGAGGGUCCAAACGGGUAACUUGCGUGAUAUUAUAUUUAGUGUUGAACACUAUCUUUUGUUGGCAAAAUUCACAUUUCAUUCACUUUGUUCCCAUCUUGAAGCACAGGGACAAACACUUAUAUUUGAGCCCCCAAUCUGGUAACACAUAUUAGACUGAAACAGGUGGCAUUGUUACAAAACAAUUAUAAUUUAAAGAAAAACAAAACCUAAAAACUUGACAAGUCAAACUUUGAGUAAAAAAUAUUGGUUGGCCUCUUUAAUUAACAUUUCCAAGGAAAGUUACUAGUUCACAUGGUGAUGUACAUGUUUCAGUUUUUUUUGGCUUGCAUCUCAGGGAAAUUGUCAACAUAGGUUUGUUAAGCACAAAUUUCCACAAAUCUGCAGCUGACCUGAAGCUGUGCUUGUGGCAGUAAAUUAUUAAUUCACUGUCAAGUCCAGCCUUUAAGCUCAUAGUGCAAGGUCACUUUGUGUCAAUAUUUUCCUUUUUUGUAAAUGUUUAAGGGCAUUGACAUGUUCUUGACCAACUGUACUGGUUCAAAUGUUUUACACCCUUUUGGUACAUAUAAGUAGGAGUAAAUUUAUUUGUGUAUUGUUAUUCAAGUUGUACAGGGCUGAAAGUCGGAGGUACUCUAAUCUUAUCACUUAAUUCAUACUUUGUCAGUUGAAUAGGAGCUCUUGUUUAAAGCAAGGUAGAAAUGUCUUUCUGGGCAGAAAAAGGUGUAAAGUUUCAAAAUUAAUAUUUUUCCAACCAAUUUUAAUUUAAAGUGAUGACGCCACCCACCAACAAAUGAAUGGAGCUAACCCUUUUACUCCCAAGGGCUAAUUAGUCAUUCUCCUUACUUUCUGCCAUGCAAUUCUCAUGAUGUGAGUUCAGAGAAUUUGGUACUGGAUCAACUAAUCUUUAAUUGAUACUUUCCUUCAUUGUCGUCACCUGUUUGCAUGAUAUUGCAUCAAUAUUUUAAAGAAGAAAUUCUGUCUUGGUCACCCAUGGGAGUUGAAGGAAUAACAAAAUGAUAGCAUCAUAGGGAUAGAAAGUACAGAUGGUAUACUGUGUAAUACAGCAUAGUGUACUAAAUUUUAAUAAAUAAACUCAUAAAGAAACUUU